AUGGAUACGCUUGAAGAGAAGCGCAGAAAGCUACGAGAGCUUAGAGAGCGGCGAAAAUUGAACCAUGUACCCUUUUCAGCAGGCCCAAAUGAUGAUUUGGCGUCCCAUCUGUUAAACACAGAGCAUUUGCAUUUGACGAAGCAGAUUGAAAUGGUGAAUAUCAGCACACAAACGGAAGAGCCUGUUGAGUUGGAGGUAGAAUCCAGGAGUAUAGAAUGUUUUCCAGCUAUUUUAACCUAUGAACAGGCUGUACAGACCGAUCCAGUCCAUUUUCCACAGGAAACAGAUGUCCAUGUGCUUGAAGUUUCGAGCGGUAGUGAUGAAGAAGACGGUAACUCAGAGAUUGAACUCGAAUCACCGCAAUUGGACUCUGCUGACACUUUGGUCAGAUCUGUGGAGUCCCACGUCAUCGAAAACCAAGCUUUGACCGUAGGUGUCAAGUCGUUUUCUUUGCUAGAGGCUCUAGACAAAACAAAAGCAGCACUCACUCAAAAACAGUUACAGAAUACAGAGCAUUACCGCAUUUCGCAUCGUUUGGGCCCCGAAAAUGAUGAUCUCGGCGAGGAUAUCGAAACGAAGUGCGUGUGGGUCGAUUACUACUCGGAGUUGGUGCUCGUUGUGUGCCAAGACAGCUACAAAUCUUCGCAGGAACCCUCCAUUUGUUCCAGCAGGGUUUCUAUUUACAAGUUCAGUACUGGAGAACUGGUCGAUACGGUAGUGUUCAGAGGCCAGGCCAUCUUGCGCGGUAAAUUUGUGCGUCGGAAAAGAUCUACCGUGACAUCUGCAAUUUUGACCUCCUACAAUGGCAAGACGAUUCUGUAUGAGACACGAGGAACAACCGAUUCGAAUGGCUCUUUGUUAAUCGACAGGAACCUCAUAGUUCGGAACUUCCAUCACUAUCCGGCUUUUGCGCUGUGGCAACACCACAUUGACCCUCCGAGAGCGCUUGUAGGUAGUACAGACGGCACUAUCAGCGAUUUGGAUGUCUUGAAAAUGGAAGUGUACCAAAAUGCUGAUGUAGGUACCCAAUUCAAAAUUUUGCCUGUCUCAUCUUCAUCACUACUUUUAUCUGAUGACGACGCUCCACAUCAGCUUUCCGGUUUUCGAUUACAGCUCGACAAGCAAUCUCGUUACGAUGAGACUGCUGUAAAAUCUCUGGUCACAAUGCCACAGGAUCCCACUAUCAUUUACGCUGGCUGUGAAGACGGUGGGAUAUACAAGAUCAACACCAAUUCUGUGAGUUCUGGAGUCCUUAGGAUUGACACGAAUAAUAAUGGGUUCACCCCCAAAACCGCUGGCGAUACAGAGGAUAUUUUUCAUUCUCUCCCGAUCACGGGCCUUUGUCGAUGCGCAGGCGCACCAAACCUUCUACUGUCAUAUGGUAUGGAUUGGGAAUGUAAACUCUGGGAUGUUUUGAACAACGAGUUACUUGCAACUAUCGAGGUGGACUAUCCGGUGAUCAAUAGUGAGUGGUUAAGUGAGGAAGAUAACUACUUUGUUUUUAUUUUAACUCCUGUGGCGCUUACUGUCUACAAUCCCAUGGUUACACUCGAGCCUUCGGAAUCUGGGGUGCUUUACUGGCGGACAAAUGAGAGACCUAAGGAGAUUUUCAGCGUCGAGGUGUCGCAUUUCGAGGAAUUCACAUACUUCACUAGCGUCACGGUGCUCAAAGAAAAUGAGAGAUGCUAUGCCCUACUUGGUGGGGAUAACAUUCGUCAAGCGUGUGUUCUGAUGAACACACAGAUAUGA